GUAGGUAUCCCGUAUCGUAAAAAAAAUUCAAAAAAUAUAUAUUUUGGUUUUCCAAUUAAACGGCUGAUAUAACAUAUUAUAACACUUUUAAUUAAUAUUAAUGAGUAUAUAAUGAAUUACCAAAGUUGUCGAUAGAAAACAUUAGUUUUCCAGUAAAUUAUUGAAAAAUUUGUAUAGAUGAAUAUCAUUGAAUUCGUAUUAAAUGUUAGGUCCAGUUUUAUGUGGAUUUAUACAUACCAAGCAAAGUUUGCUUACCAAAACUUAUCAAUGUAAGCUUUAAAGCAAAUAUUUCUUACACUGUUUGAGCCUAGUAUGGGCUGUGGCCCAAGUCAUUUUGGAUUAUCUUUCACCAAGAAAUCCAAAAAGAAAAAAAAUAAGCGUAAGGAUUCAGAUGAUGAAAAAAGUGAUGCAAGUACUUAUGAAAAUCAUAAUGAAGAACAAAUGCAGUUGACAAGUACACCAUCCGUAAAUAACUUGUGUGAUAUAUCUGAAGUGGAUGACACUAGUCCAUUACAACAUCGCCUAUCACCACCACAAUCUCCUACAAUAUUUGUCAAUCCACAACCAUCAUCUAGUCAACUUAAUUUUUUCAAAAUGUUGGAUGAAAAAAUAGAAAUGGGUGCUGAUUAUAAAGAAUCAAUUGAAGAACAACGGUUAGAAAGAAUGCAUCGUACACAUGCAUUGUUAAUGGAAUGGGAACGUGCUCGAAUACGUAAUUCUCCAAAGCCUUGGUCAAAUAACAUAUCGCGUUCCUUACAUCGUACGUGGUCACCACAACUUAACGUCUCCAACUCGGUUAUCCAAUUCGACCAAGAACAUUGUGCUUUCCAUACUGAACUUUUAUAAAGUACAAACUUCUUUAAAACAAAACAUGUUUAAUUAACAUUACAGCAAACUUUCACAUUAUUAUAGUCGUAGACUAAUCACUGAGACUAUAAACAGAACAUUUAACUUAAUAAUGCGUUUCUGGAGUUAUUGUAAGACUUUGUUGUCUGUCAUUGGCCGUGUUUUGUUCUAGUAUGAAAAUAUAUCUAUUUCUCUUAAUCUAUUUAGUAAACCACACUUUCCAUACUUUGAGGUAAAUGUUUUGUCUAGAUUACGACAUAUAGAAUGUUCUUAACUAUAAAUUAUUUUCUUCCUCUCAACUUUCUUUUUUUAAAUAUAUUUGUUAUAAAACAUAAUUAUUUCUUGUCUAUUCUAGCGAGCUUAACCCAAAACUUGCAUCACAUUUGUAUUACAGCAAAACGUUAUUAAAAAGACAUGCAUAUGUUAUGUGAUUGUUGCAGUUUGCAGUUCGCUAGUGUAGACAAUGCUUAAAAAUACCAAUUAAUGAGCUAUUUCCCAUUACCUAUAUAAAUUAUAAAUAUAUGCUUAACAAUGCCAUUGGGUGUAUGUUUUCAUUCUGAAAGCUUGAUUUUUAAUUUUAGUCAUUGCAGCUAAUAAUUUAACUAAAAGACUUGACAACAAUUCGUAAAGUUUAUUUUAAUAUAGUAUAAUAUAUAUUAUAUAAUGUUCUCUAUGAAUUGUAUACUAAAGAAUAACUAUUUUAAGUCGAUUAUUUAAGAAUAUAAUCAAUUAAAUUUAAAUUUAUGUUUUAAGAG